AUGUCUCUCACUACGGCACCAGUCUCACCAAGGGCAACUCCGUUGCCUCCCGUACCCUCCGAGGACCCUCUCACGGCAGCACAAUGGAAGACGCUUCUCGCCAUAGCCGAUACAAUCAUCCCGGCCAUCAAACCUAUCGCCACCGCCAACACGAGACUUGAGAUACCGGCUACGGCUAAUGAGUACUCUACGGCCAUCAGCACUUUGGAAGGUCUCUCCCCAAAUCCGGAUAGACAAGCAGCGGCAAAAGCGUAUCUCGAAGAAAAUGCUUCGUCGAAUCCGGCUUUCCGAGAAGCCCUGCACCGCCUGCUGGCACUGCAUAUGCCUCAUGCUACAAAGAGGCAGUUCAUUCUAGUAUUGAAUAUACUGAAUACUCGCGCUGGCUCACUCCUCCUAACCGGAUCCACCACACCCAUCGGCGACCAGCCCGUCCAUAUCCGAGAAAUCAUCAUCCAAGGAUGGGCAGCCGCCCGCCUUCCUCUCCUCCGCCAACUCUACCGAUCUUUAACCAUGCUGUCAAAGCAGACAUGGAUCAGGAUCACGCCAACCCUUCCUCGCAUCCUCGGCUUCCCCCACGUGCCCCUUGGCAUGGUUCCUGGAAAAGACUUCGACUAUGAAUUCAUCCAGUUCCCGCCCGGAGAUAAACCAGAGAUCAUUGAAACAGAUGUCGUGAUUGUAGGAAGCGGAUGUGGAGGUGGGGUGUGCGCGAAGAAUUUAGCGGAAGCUGGGAAUCGGGUUCUUGUGGUUGAGAAGGCGUAUCACUGGACUUCAGAGCAUUACCCUAUGUCUCAAGAAAACGGCUGGGACCAUUUGUUCAUGAAUGGGGCUUUCAUAUCCUCCGAUGACACAGCUGUCAACAUCAUAGCAGGACAAGCCUGGGGUGGCGGCGGCACAAUAAACUGGUCCGCAUCCCUUCAAACCCAGGGCUUUGUCCGGCGCGAAUGGGCAGACCGUGGUCUUCCUUUCUUCACGUCUUCAGAGUUCCAGGAUUCUCUCGACCGAGUCUGCGAACGCAUGGGUGUUUCGGCGGAGUUUAUCGAACAGAAUCGUACCAACCAACUCCUGAUGGAAGGAGCCCGCAAACUCGGAUACACAUACAAAGCCGUGCCUCAGAACACGGGAGGUAAGCGACACCACUGCGGCCACUGUACAUUUGGAUGCGGGUCUGGUGAGAAGCAGGGACCGUCAGUAUCCUACCUGCCUGACGCGGCCCGAGCGGGUGCGAAGUUCAUCGAAGGCUUCCAUGCCGAGAAAAUCAUCUUCUCCCAAAAAAACGGGGAGAAAGUAGCGAUAGGGGUUAGGGGCACAUGGGUCUCGCGAGACGUUAACGGCGGCGUAGCGGGUGAGCCGAUAACCAGACGCAAAGUCAUCAUCAAAGCGAAGCGGGUUAUUGUAUCCGCUGGCGCGAUGCAAAGCCCGCUCUUGCUUCUUCGCUCGGGACUCAAAAAUUCCCACAUUGGGCGGAACUUGUACAUCCACCCCGUUUCCCUCCUCGGCGCCAUCCACAAAGAAGAUAUCAAACCCUGGGAGGGCGCCAUCUUAACAUCCGUUGUCUCUGAGUGCGAAAAUCUCGAUGGCAAAGGCCACGGGGUGAAGCUAGAAGCCACAAACAUGCUUCCGUCAGCCUGGCUCAUCUGGCUUCCUUGGAAGAGCGGGUUAGACUACAAGCUCAACGCCGCGCGGAUGAAGCAUAUGGUAGGCUACAUUUCGCUCGCUCGAGACCGCGAUACAGGACAAGUGUAUCCCGAUCCCGUGGACGGCCGUGUUCGGUUCAAAUACUCGACAUCCUCGUUCGACAAAAAACACAUCACGGAAGGCCUCAUCGCCCUAGCAAAGAUGCAGUACGUAACCGGCGCCACCGAGAUCUUCACUGUUAUCCCAGGCGUCUCGACGUUUAUCCGCUCCGCCGAGUCAGAGCAGGACGGUGUUGGCAUCAAUGACGCGAAAUUCCAAGCCUGGCUUGAGGAGGUGAGGACAGUGGGGUUCCCGAGCCCAGAGUCGAUGUUUGUGUCGGCGCAUCAGAUGGGCACGUGCCGGAUGAGCAGCACGGCGAAGACCGGCGUUGUUGAUCCGAAGGGGCAGGUAUGGGGCACGAAGGGCUUGUAUGUGGCAGAUGCGAGUGUAUUUCCGAGUGCGAGCGGGGUUAAUCCGAUGGUGACGAAUAUGGCGAUUGCGGACUGGCUUAGCAGGGGGGUUGCGACCGGACUUGUGAAUCAGGCGCGUUUGUGA